AUGGCAGCGACAGCACGCAAAACUAUGUUGAAAGUCAUUCCCAAUUCCAAGCUUUACGUCUCCGAACCCAAUCCAAGCUGGUUUGGGAAUCCAGGCAAUCCUGGUUUUGACCCAGCAUGGACCUGCGAAAAUUGGUUGAAAUCAAGAUUCCACUUUUCCUUUGCCGAAUAUCACAGCAAUCAGAAUUCUAGUUUCGGCGUCAUGAGAGUCAUGAACGAUGAUCUAGUACAACCCCAACGAGGAUUCGGAGCCCAUCCUCAUCGCAACAUGGAAAUUGCCACUUACAUUGUCAAUGGCCAAUUGACGCAUGAAGAUUCCAUUGGUAAUUCACAGUCUUUGGGCCGUGGAUCAAUUCAGUUCAUGACAGCAGGUUCUGGCAUCACACAUUCCGAGGCCAAUCGUACUGACAAUCCACUUCGAUUCAUCCAAACAUGGAUUGUCCCAAGUAGCAGUGGAUUGACUCCCAACUACGGCGGAUACGACGCCCAAUUCCAUCAAGAAAAGAAUGUUGUCCGACACUUGGCGUCAUCCGUCAAAGAUACGGAACAUGAGACACCGGUCAAGUUGAACCAAGACGUGAACUGCUAUGCAGCAGAACUAGACUUAGGAAAAUCUGUCUCUGUGAACGUUGCUGCUGGAAGACAGGCAUAUUUGUUGUGUGUGGAAGGCAAGCUCAAAGUCAAUGGUUCUUCCGAAAUGGAGAAACAUGACGGUUGCGAAAUUGUGGGCAGCGACGAUGGGCCAAUCACCAUUGAAGGUACUGAAGUCGAAGAGACCGAGAACGGGGAAGUUGCACAUUUCCUCAUGUUUGAAAUGAAGGAGGUUCCAGGAUCCGGUCGAAAGGAUCUAUAG